AUGGCCUCCGUGCUGAACAAGCGCCAGCAGGCGCGCAACGAGCGGACGUUGCAGGACCUCAUUAAGAAUGUGCCAGGCAACAGCGUUUGUGCCGACUGCGGAGCUCGCAAUCCAGGAUGGGCCAGUUGGAGUGUGGGCAUCUUUCUGUGCAUGCGGUGCGCGGCGCUGCAUCGAAAGCUGGGCACGCAUAUCUCCAAAGUCAAGUCGCUGAGUAUGGACAAGUGGGACAGCGCCCAAGUGGAUAACAUGAAGCGCAUUGGCAACACCGAAUCCAACAAGACGUACAACCCUCGCAACGUAAAGGCGCAAAUGCCCAUCGAUAUUGACGAAGUGGACGGUGCAAUGGAGCGAUACAUCAGACAAAAGUACGAGCAAAGGCUGUUUAUGACCGACUCGAGGCCGGGCACGCGGUCGAAUACGGGUAGCUCCAGCUCCGUAGAGGAUAGGCCUCCACCGCUGCCGCCAAAACCAACAAAAGGACUGGGAUUCGGGCUGCGGAAGGCUUCCACACAAUACAAGAGUGUUACACCCCCCAUCUCCCCUGGGAUAAGCAACUUCAGCGGUCACGAUGUAUCUCCACCUCGGGUGAACAAGCCGUCGAGAGUGUUUGGCUCAAGCGUUACCGGUGAUGGGCUGGAUUCAAAGCUGGCUACGUUGCGGGACAUGGGUUUCCCAGACGAUAAGCGGAACUCUCAGGUGCUGAAGGGACUCAAUGGCAAUCUGGACAGGGCAGUGGAGGCGUUGAUCAGACUUGGCGAGCAGAAUCCGGGCAAGUCGAGGGGGAACACGCCAACACCACCAGAUAAACUUGAUGUCAAUGGACUCAUGUUGAACAAGGCCCACACUAUGCCUGCAGCCACAAUCACGACCUCAACGAACCCUUUCGACGCUCUCGAUGCUGUUGCGCCAUUGCCUCAGCACCAACAGCCUCAAGUACCGCCUAUUCAGACUCAACAACAGCAUCCCUACGGAGAAUCUUUGACGCUACCAACGUCACCCAACAAUCCUUUCCACCAACUUGCAUUGCAGCAGCAGGGUAGUCAAUUUCAGCAGCAGUCGUACCAUCAGCCGCAAAACUUCGCGCAGUCGAAUCCUUUUGGACAGCAACAGCAAAGCUUAGAACAGACUUUCCAAGGUCUGCAACUAUCUUCGCAGCAGCAGCAGCAGCAGCAGCAACAACAACAGCCGCCGCAGCCACUGUUUCCGAACAGGACCGGGAGCUACGCGCAGCAACCGAACCCACCAUUUGCGCAGAGCAAUCCUUUCCAACAGUCAUUCACACCCCCACCGAUGCCGCAAAUGCCACCGCAGUACGGCUCUUUCUACCAACAAUCACAGUCGCCACCGCCGCAGCCGCAAUACCAGUCCAUGUCAUCCCCUAGCAGUCCGGGUAACCCUUUCCUUAAAUCUACUCGAAGUCAGAUGUUUACACCUACGAGUUCAUACAACGCGAAUCCUUUUGGCCAGAUACCCGCUCAGCAGCAGCAACAGCAGCAGUACCAGCAACAAACUCAGAAUCAACCGCAACAAACGGGAAACCCCUUCAUGAUGCAACAACAGAACCAGAUCCCAAAUCAGCAGGCGCCACAUGCCUUCCAGAACCAGCAGGCCACCAAUGCACACUCACAGUUCAAUUAUGCCCAACAAGCGCAUGCUCAACAAUCACACAAUCCUUUCGAUAAGAAAAGCAUUCUCGCGCUUUAUAAUCAACCCCAGCUUGCUCCUCAGCUACCAGAACAAGCGCAGACGCCACCAAUCCAGACUCCGGCUUCAGCACCUGCUGUACAAUCAGCAGGGCAUAUGAAUCCGUUCGCUGCAAUGCAGAGUCAAGCGGGAGCGCAACAGCCAGCUUCUGCGAUACCACGACAGGUCCAACAGGGGUCGAGGCAUGUUAGUAACGAAAGCGUGGACUUUGCUGGCUUGAUGGGAGGGCGGCAUUCUCCCGAUGCGUUUUCAGGAUUGAGCUCGAGCUUCAGGCGGUAA